AUGCAGAGCACCGAAAGGUGUGUUGGGAAUGGACACUUACUUGCCGGUCGCGGGUAUCGGAGGCAACUUGUUGGCGCUCUGCUACCACAGGUCCAGCGCAAGCUAAUCAUCGCUUGUGUACUAUGCAUCAUAUUCAUGAUUGUGGAGGUGGUUGGUGGAUACCUAGCGCACAGCAUUGCAAUCCUUUCAGAUGCAGCGCACAUGCUGUCCGAUGUGGCGGGUUUCGCUGUCUCGCUCUUCGCAGCGUGGGCCGUCACCCGGAAGAGCCACGCGUCGUAUUCCUUUGGAUAUCACCGCAUCGAAAUCCUCGGGGCACUGGCCUCCGUGUUAGCCAUCUGGGCAGUGACCGGAGCUCUGGUGUUUGAGGCGGUGAUGAGAGUGCUGUACCCGGAGCCUGUGGAUGGCAAACUCAUGUUUGUGGUGGCAUGUGCUGGCAUUGCAUUCAACUUGGUGAUUGCGGCGGUACUGGGUGAGCAUCACGUCCACGGACCUGGACACAGCCACGAUCAUGACCACGGGCACAGCCACGGCCACGGACAUGGCCACAUCCGGGGCGCUGCGGAGGGUCACGGUCAUCGCCAUUCUCACAGCCAUGGGCACGGGCAUGGACACAGCCAUGGGCACGGGCAUGGCCACAGCCACGACCACGGGCAUGGCCACAGCCACGACCACGGGCAUGGCCACAGCCACGAUCACGGGCAUGGCCACAGCCACGAUCACGGGCAUGGCCACAGCCACGGGCACGGCUCCAAUAUCAACCUGCGCAGCGCGGUCCUUCACGUUCUGGGCGACCUGCUACAGAGCAUCGGAGUGGCUGUGGCGGGGCUGCUCAUCUGGUGGAAGCAGGCGGACCCGCGCUGGCAGAUUGCGGAUCCCAUCUGUACCUUCGUGUUCGCCUUUCUGGUGCUGCUGACCACCCGGAGCAUUAUCGCCGACAUCACCCACACGCUCAUGGAGCGUACCCCGCAUCAUGUCAACCUGGCACACGUGACGGAGGCCAUGACUAGGAUGGAUGGCAUUCUUGACGUUCACGACCUGCACGUGUGGAAUCUGUCCAUGGGCCUCCCCAUCCUCACGGCUCACGUGCAUAUCGCCGAGUGGGCGGAUGCGGAUGCAGUAUUGCGCGAGCUGGAGGCCUACGUGCGGAACACACUGGGCAUUCAGCACUCCACCAUACAGAUCUGCAACUACCAGGGAGCGGCGCUGGCGACAACCGCCACGGCGUCAAGGGACGUAGUAGCGGUGGAGACGAUAGAGGCUGUGGGACUUGUAAGCUCGGCCAUUCUUGUCGGCAGUGGAGGGGUUGGAGCGGGUCCUUCGGACUGUCAGCAGGAUUGUGUGUAG